CUGAGAGGUCCCUCGCUAAUAGGGCUCAUCCUUAUUUUUUUUGUUUAUAAACCCUCAAAUUCCCUUCUCCUUCAAUUCAAUCCACCAAUCCUCACCAAUAUUCAGUCACACAGAGUAUGGCAGCCAUGGCCACAGCACCCCCAACCUCCUCCGGAUCCCUCUCUUCUUUCUUCCCCACUAACAAAAUGCCUUCUUCUUCUUCUUCUUCAGUCUCUCGCCGAUUCGCUACUCCUGUUAAUAAAUCAUCAUCUCAGAUCUCAUCCAUGUCCUCCGACAUCAACUCCUUCAAAUUCCAACCCAUCAAGGAAUCCAUCGUCUCCCGCGAAAUGACCCGCCGCUACAUGACCGACAUGAUCACCUACGCCGACACCGACGUCGUCAUCGUCGGGGCCGGCUCCGCCGGCCUCUCCUGCGCCUACGAGCUCUCCAGAUCCGACCCCACCGUCCGCGUCGCCAUCGUCGAGCAGUCCGUCAGCCCCGGCGGCGGCGCGUGGCUCGGCGGCCAGCUCUUCUCCGCCAUGGUGGUCCGCAAGCCGGCGCACCUCUUCCUCGAAGAGAUCGGGGUGGAGUACGACGACGGCGGGGACGGGUACGUGGUGGUCAAGCACGCGGCUCUGUUCACCUCCCGGAUCAUGAGCCUCGUGCUGUCCCGGCCGAACGUGAAGCUGUUCAACGCGGUGGCGGCGGAGGAUCUGAUCGUGAAGGGGGGGAGGGUGGCCGGGGUGGUGACGAAUUGGGCGCUGGUGGCGAUGAACCACCACACGCAGUCGUGUAUGGAUCCGAAUGUGAUGGAGGCGAAGGUGGUGGUGAGCUCGUGCGGCCACGACGGCCCGUUUGGGGCGACGGGGGUGAAGCGGUUGAGGAGCAUAGGGAUGAUCGACAGGGUGCCGGGAAUGAAGGCGCUGGACAUGAACACGGCGGAGGAUGAGAUUGUGAGACUCACUCGAGAGGUUGUGCCGGGCAUGAUUGUCACCGGGAUGGAAGUUGCCGAGAUUUAUGGUUCCCCAAGAAUGGGACCAACGUUUGGGGCGAUGAUGAUAUCAGGGAAGAAGGCGGCGCAUUUGGCGUUGAAGGCUUUGGGGAGGAAAAAUGCCAUUGAUGAUGGAACUUCAUUAUCAUGCACCACCGAUGAUGAUAAUCAGCUUGGAAGGCCGCAAGAAGAAGAAAAACAUUUUCAGCCCAAACUUGUUUUGGCUUCUGCUUAGUUCUGAUCAGGAAAUUGUUUUGUUCCUGGCUAGCCAAAAAUUGUUGAAUAAGACUCUUCAAUAAGUUAGUAGGAGUACUUACUACUCUCUCCGUCCAAAAAAGUCUUUCCUGUUUACUAUUACGGCCUCUCGAUAACUCUUACUUAUAGAGUUUUCGAUGUAGUUUUUAAAUAUAAUUUUUAAAUAUGUUAUUUCCUUACCAAUUUAUAAAUAAAAUAAUUUUAAAAUUUAUGAAAUUUUGCACGUUAAUCAAAGUAGGAAAUUUUU